CUUUUUAGUUUUAGAAACUUCACAUCACUCUUGUUUCUCUCUCUACUCUGGCACUUCUCUCUCUACCCCCACGGUCCCCGGCGGCGAUGCUUGCCGGCGCUGAAUCUUCUUAUCCACGUGAUAUACGAAUAACACCCUAGUCUUUCUUGGCCAACGGAAGAGUUUUCCGGCGACUCUGACGUCUAUCCGGCCGGAAUGACGCCGCUUUAUCGGGAAAGAUCAGAUUAGCUCCCCUGAAGCGCGGUUUGGAUCCAAAUCGAUGGCUCUCUUUUUAGAAUAAUUUUGUGCUUCCAUCUGUAAAAGUUAAUUGAUUGCAUGUUCUGGUUGUUUUGCUUUAUUUCUUCACGAAAACAGAAUUAUAAGCUGGAUAUACAGAUUAAUUCUGAGAGUUUAGCUGGAAGUUUGAAUCUUUUAUUGGAAUUGAUGCUUUUCUUCGUGGGUAUAAAUUGGGUGUAAUCGAUGAAUUGGAGGGCUUAAAUAAAGGUUGUUCUGAUUCUGUGGGGAGAAGAUAUUUUAUAUGGAAAAGUGAUUUUUGAGUUGAUAGCUUGAUGGGUAUGAUUGACAGAUGAGAAACCUGUUGUCUAGAGAUGGAAAAAAGUACUCUGUAUUGGGAAGUGAUUGGGGGAACUGGAGCUUAAGUUCAAACAAUACAUAGAAAGACUAUCAGAACUUUUUCUAUAAGCGGGUUUUGAAGUUUUGGGUUCGAUUUAUUUUUUACGCUGUUUGGGGUUGCAGGGUAUGAGAAGGGACAGAAUGAAUUCUGAAGCCCAGAAGUCAAAAAAGUUCAUGUUUUCUUCUUUUAAUUGUAAUACAAUGAAUCUUUCUCGUUCAUUUGGAGAAGAAACUGAUAUGGGAUCGAAAGGAGAAGAUGAUGAUGGUCGUCUUUUCGGAUCAAGUGAUUCUUUUCUCCCUGGUUUGCAUGAUGAUGUUGCAUUGACGUGUCUUGCUCGGGCUAGUAGGUCGGAUUAUGCUUCUUUGUCGUGCUUAAAUGUCAGAUUUAAUAUGCUUAUUAAAAGUGGGUAUUUGUAUGAGUUGAGAAGGCAGUUGGGGAUUUUGGAACAUUGGGUGUAUAUGGUUUGUGAUCCUAGGGGAUGGGAGGCAUUCGAUCCCUUCAGGAAUAAAUGGAUGAGAUUGCCAAAGAUUCCUUGUGACGAAUGUUUCAAUUACGCAGAUAAAGAGUCACUAGCGGUGGGGAGCGAGUUGCUAGUUUUUGGACGUGAGUUGUUAGAUUUCGCCAUUUGGAAGUUUAGCUUGACUUUUCGUGAUUGGAUCAAGUGUGAAGGGAUGAAUCGUCCUCGAUGUCUUUUCGCUUCAGCAAGUCUUGGUCCAAUUGCUAUUGUCGCAGGGGGAAGCGACAAGAAUGGGAACGUUUUGAAGUCUGCAGAGCUAUAUGACUCUUUAACUGGUAAAUGGGAAAUGCUACCAAGCAUGUAUUCACCUCGUAGAUUGUGUUCUGGUUUUUUCAUGGAUGGAAAAUUUUAUGUGAUAGGUGGGAUGACUAGUCCCACUGAUUCAUUGACUUGCGCGGAGGAGUUUGAUCUUAAGACAAGAAAGUGGAGGAAAAUCGAGGGUAUGUAUCCUAAUGUCAACCGAGCUGCACAAGCACCUCCUCUUGUUGCAGUUGUUGAUAACCAACUUUAUGCUGUUGAAUAUCUAACAAACAUGGUGAAGAAGUAUAACAAGGAAAGGAACACGUGGGAUGAAUUGGGGCGACUUCCAGUUAGGGCUGAUUCCUCAAAUGGUUGGGGUCUUGCUUUCAAGUCUUGUGGAGAUGCUCUUCUUGUUGUGGGUGGGCAACGGGGCCCUGAAGGUGAAGCUAUCGUCUUAAAUUCUUGGCACCCCAAAUCAGGGGUCAAGAAUGGCACUUUGGACUGGCAGGUCCUCGGAGUGAAGGAGCAUGCUGGUGUCUUUGUCUACAAUUGUGCUGUUAUGGGUUGCUGAGAAGUUCUCCAUGGAGAAAAAACAGGUUUCUGGACCCCUGGUUUCUUCGUUUUAGGUUGUUUCUGAUCCUUUUAUUGACCAAAUUUGUUAUUGUUUGAAUUAUCCUCUUUCAAUUGUUGCAUAAAGUUUCUCUUUGGGUUUUAUAAGAUUCCGCAUCUUUAUUCGCUUUCCGAACUCUUUUUUAGGCUCGUCCAUUUUCUUAGAUUGUUGUGUUUGUGGUUCCCAAUUGACUGCAUGAUACGGAAAACAUAUCAGGCCUUGUAUGUAUUCCUGUUCUGAUGCUUUGUAAAGGAAAAAGAAGAGGUAGGCUUUUCUUUCA